GAUCCCAUUUCCUCGCCUUUCCACAAAACAGAGUGGUGCACGCAAACACCCCACACCUGCAUCACACAGAAUCGCGUCCUGCUCCUCUUCAUAUCUUUCACCGGAAUAAAAUUUCCGACGAUCAUUAAAUAGUACGACUAUGGGCGGUGGAAAAAGAAGAUUGAACAAAUCUAAACGCAAAAACACUUCAUCUCUAUUCGUUCAAGGCGGCAUCUUAUCCGAUUGGAAUACACUUGCCUCCCCUCCUUCUAAAGGUAAGAGUUCGAGUAAUGGAAAAGGAAAUCUGUCGAAUUCAGCCUCGAGAUCUGCGAAUUCAGGACCUCGACAGAAAGUAGGGGUUGCAUCAUCUUCCGGUACAAAAGUGGAAUCUCAGAAGCCGAAGAAAGGAAGCAUGUUUGCUUAUGAUUAUCCUAAGCUCGACCAGCAGGAGGCUACACUUGUAGACGCUGGCAAAGAUGGAGAAAAAAACAUGGAUGUGUCUGAUCCUAUUGUGCUAGUUAGUUCAGGGAAUGCUCAAAUAUUUGCUUAUGUUGAUGAAAAACCACUCAUGGAACCACAGAGGGUGAAAUAUACUUAUGAAUACAGUGCAGGGCUUGGGUUGGACGAUACCCCACAUAGAGGAUUAGGAUUCUCAGAAGAAUUAGAGACAACCCCUAAUGUCCCUUUGUCAUCUUUGAAUUUAGAACAGCAGGAAGAUUCUUGUCUGGAUUCACCAUCCUCUGAUGAAAUGGAAACCGAUGUUACUCAUGUCAAUGAGCUAAGUGAGGGUGAUGACCUGCUGGCUACGACACCAUCUGGAGAAAAAAAUUCUGGUUAUCUGUCUAUUGGAGGUAUGAAGCUAUAUACCCAAGAUAUCUCAUGCGGUGAAAGUGAGGAUGACAAUGAGCUGUCCUAUGGGGAGGAGUCUUCUGAAUCAGAGGAGUCAUGUGGAUCAUCUGAAAGUGACGGCUCGUCAGAUAGUGAUUCAAGUAUCGAUGAAGAGGUGGCAGAAGAUUACUUUGAGGGUAUUGGGGGGAGUGAAAAAGUUGUAGAUGCUGAUCUUUUGGUGGGAAAAGUUCGUAAGAUCAAUAAUGAUGGUGUCUCUGGUGGUAAUUAUGUUGACACUAUACAGAAGUUUGGUGGGAUUGAUCUCCAAGAUGCAUCGAGGGAGUAUGGGUUGAAGAAAUCUCAAUCAGGGAACAAACAGCGUUUUAAACCUGGUACCUCUGGAACCAGUGGAUUUGCUUGGUCAUCUGCUUUGGAUGACCUAAUGGAGGUAAAGGAUCCCAGAACAAGUUUUGGGAAAAAGAAGCAUGUUUCUAGGUUUCCUCAAUCCUGGCCUUCUGAUGCUCAGAAGAGCAAACAUUUGAGGCGAUUCCCAGGUGAAAAAAAGAAACUCCGUAAAGAAACAAUUGCUCAUAAGCGUCGGGAGAGAAUGAUUAAUCGUGGUGUCGAUCUUCAGGAUAUUAACUUGAAAUUACAGAAGAUGGUUUUGGAUGGAGAUGAUAUAUUAUCGUUCCAGCCUAUGCACUCCCGAGACUGUUCCCAGGUUCGCAGAUUGGCAGCAAUAUAUUGCUUAAAUAGUGGAUGUCAAAAUUCAGGCAAGAAGAGAUUUGUCACUGUAAUUCGAACCGAGCGCACAUGUAUGCCAUCUUCAAGUGGUAGAGUUCGCCUUGAGAAGCUAAUUGGAGCUGGUGAUGAAGAUGCUGAUUAUACAAAUAAUGAUAUUAUAUCAACCAAGGGAGAUAGGAGAACAGGUAAAAGGGGAUCAAAAGGGUUUACUCAGGGUUCUGCUCCUAAGAAUUCAUUCAAGAGCUCAGCUGAUCGUUUUGGCACUAAAGAUGUAAGAAGAAAGAAAAAGAACGAGGACAAGCUCUCUUACGCUGCACAGCCCAUGUCUUUUGUCUCCAGUGGUGUUAUGCAUUCGGAAUCAGAGAUCAAAACACUUGAUACGGCAGAGACAGACAACACUAUUCAUGACAAGAAAGAUGUCUCUUCCAGCUAUGGUGCCUUUGAGUUGCACACUACAGGGUUUGGGUCAAAGAUGAUGGCAAGGAUGGGGUAUGUAGAGGGCGAAGGUCUUGGAAAGGAUCGACAAGGCAGGGCCGAAGUUAUAGAAGUGGUCCAGCGACCUAAAUCACUUGGGCUUGGGGCCAAUGUUCCUGAGCUGAGUAUAGAAAGUUCCGUUAAAGGGGCCCAACUUCCAAAGAAGUCAAGCGGUCCAGGUGUGAAGGGUCCUAAAACAAGAAAUAAAAUGCCCGGAAUUGAGUCCCAACAAUUCGCAGCUUUUGAGAAGCAUACCAAGGGAUUUGGUUCUAAAUUGAUGGCCAAAAUGGGUUUUGUUGAGGGCACAGGGCUGGGAAGAGAUUCUCAAGGAAUAGUUAAUCCUCUGCUCGCAUCCAGACUACCCAAAUCCCGAGGAUUGGGUGCUAAAGGAUAGAUAAUCCCUAACUGAUUACAGAAUGGUUGUCGACAACAAGCUUGAGCAGUUGCAUUUACUUUUAACUCAAAGUUUGAUUAGUUAGUUUCAUUAAAAAUUCCGGUUGUAAGUUAUUCCUAGACAUCUUUGUAAGUCAUCAAAAUAUUAUCUGAAGAUGUUCGACUUGCUGUAUAUUAUAUUAUAUUUUUUAUGAUA